AUGAAAAAAAGCCCUUUGACUCUUAGAGUGAUGAAAACCUCUCGAUUGUUCGUAGAAUUUUAAAAGCUAAGCCCUGAGUAGAUGCUUCACUUCCUAAAUCCUUUGGAACUUCUCCUCUACAUUCAUACUCAAAGAGGUUUCAAAAUGAAGAAGGUAAUGAAAAGAGUCUAAGUGAAUAGUACAUCCAGGUACUUCCAUAAAAAAGCAAAGUCUGUCUAAAAAUCUAAGAAGUUUGGAGACUUUCAUAUUAAAAACUUUAACUAACCGAUUCUGAGACAGAAUUAGGAACGUAUAUCUGCAAUAUUUUAGAGACUUUACAGUAAAAAGUCAUCAAUAGAUUUUCUAAAGAUGGAAAAAGAGCAUAAUAACAGAUCCUCCAUUGUCUAAAAGAUAUCUAGAUUUCCAAAACUUAACUUUGGCUAAGUACCUGGCAACUAAUCCUCAUAAAGCAGAUUUAGAUCAACUAAUAAUUCAUUCUCAAAAACUUCAUAAAAAUUUGCACUAAGCAAUUAAACUACACCUCUUGAUAAGCAUCUGUUUGAUGCCUUGGAAUAAGAUUCCUUUGACACUGAUGCCUCUUCAAUAUAAAGACCUAAUCAUAAGGUCAAUAGAACGAUUACAACAAAUAAAAAUCCAAAUCCUUACAACGACUUCAGUGAUAAUAUAAUGUUUCAAUUCUUGCUAAGUAGAUCUUAGAUCAAAAGGAAGAAACAGACUUUGGAGUUAUGA